AUGAUUGAGUCGACUCGGAAUAUCAAAUCAGCUUCGGACACACAGGAAGCCGCUGGGGGAGGCGCGGGGAGGGGGAAGCGCGUGAUUGUGCACUGCGCGCCGCUGCAGGAGCAAGGGGGGGGGCGGCGGAGGAGCAGGAAGCGCCAAGGACAGGGAGUGCGGGAAAGCUCAGAUAGGGGCAGGGCAAGAGGGCGGGGCGGCAGCAGCCUGCCUGAAGCAGAGCCGAGGAGUGGGGAUGGGUGGGCGUUGGUGGGGAGCGGUGGUGGGACGCCUAAGUCUCAUGCAGCGAAGCAAGUCGCCCCUGAGGUACAGCCACAGCCGCAAUCCCUGGCUGGGUGGGCGGGCUGGGGGAGCCAAGGGGGUUGCGGGGACGGAGGGGUUUGGGGGGGCGGGCCGAUGGGCGCACCAGGGGGUGUGCGGGCGGGGGGAGUUGCGCCAGGCAGGGGAGGGGGGUGGGGGUCGCUGCUGGCUGUCUGUGCUGCAGGGGCGGCUGGGUGUGCGGUGAUGGAGUUGGGGGUGGAAAAGGGGAAAGAAGCUGCUGGCGUGAUGGCGGAUGCAUGGAGGCAUCUGCACGGGGAUUGGCUGCUGCUACGGGUGGAGUGUGCUGACAUGGCUGGUCUUAGUGCUAGUAUCAAAUCCGAUGAUAGCGGAUCAGUCUUGAAUAACCGUGAAUCUGGUGGUGCAGUUGGUGCAGGUGGUGGGAAUCAGAGCAACGGGAGCAACAGCAGCGUUGUUUCACACACCAGCAGUGAAAUUGCUGGUGGCAAGUCCAGUGAUGGCGCUGUGAGCAGAAAGCGAGUGGUGGUGCUGGGGUCGGGGUGGGGCGCAGUGAGCUUCCUUAAAGCCAUAGACACGCAUGGGUAUGAUGUGACGCUCAUCUCACCCCGCAACUUCUUCCUCUUCACGCCGCUGCUGCCAAGUGUCACCACGGGAGUGGUCGAGGGCAGGAGCAUCGCCGAGCCAAUCAGGCGCAUCCUGUUGAGGCAGCACGGCAGCUCAGCAUGCUUCCUCGAAGCUGAGUGCAUGGCCAUCGACCCCGCCUCCAGGACCCUCUCCUGCCGCGCCCCUGCUGCCCUGCCCGCUCCGCUGCCAAUGCCGACUGUGGCAAAGGUUGGAGGUCAGGAGGAGGGUGACGGGGAGACGACACGAGGAGGAGCUGAAAGAAAAUGUGGUGGCGCUGUUGAUGGAAACGUAGCUGCUGCUGGGGGUAACACGGAAGGAGGUGGCGGCGAGAGUGGCGGCGAGAGUGGCGGCGGGUGUGGCGGGGCGAGGGAGGUGCGCUUCACAGUGCCGUACGACAUGCUGGUGGUGGCCGUGGGAGCCGUCCCCAACACGUUUGAUGUUCCUGGCGUGCAGCAGCACUGCCAUUUCUUAAAGGCAAUGCCGUAUGACAUGCUGGUGGUGGCCGUGGGGGCCGUGCCCAACACGUUCAAUGUUCCUGGCAUGCAGCAGCACUGCCACUUCCUCAAGGUGAGCACUGUGGCACUGGGCACCGGAAGCACCAAGUCCCUUGCCCUUCUCCCCCCAUCUCUUCCCCGCAUGCCUUCCCCCCGUCCCUUCCCCCAUCCCUUCCCCCCAUUCCCUCUCCCCAUCCCUUCCAACCAUCCAGUCCCCUCAUCCUUUUCCCCCAUCCCUUCCCCCAUCCCUUCCCCCCAUCUCUUCCUCCCAUCCCUUCUCCCCAUCUCUUCCCCCCACCCUUUCCCCCCCAUCCCCUUCCCCCCAUCCAUCCCUUCCAACCAUACCGUCCCUCCAUCCCUUUCCCCCAUCCCGUCCCCCCAUCCCGGUCCCCGCAUGUCGUCUCCCCCAUCUCUCAUCCCAUCCCACUGCGCACCAUCAGUCGCUGGACGAUGCCGAUGCCAUCAGUCGCUGGAUGUUGCAGAUGGCAUCAGUAACAAUACUUUGAGCUUUGACCGCUCAUCGACCGCUUUGAUGCAGCCCCCCUUCAACCCCUAUCCCCUUUUCCCCUUCUCGUUCCCCCCAUCCCGUUCCCCCCAUCCCUCUCCCCCAUCCCCCUUCCCCCAUCCAGUUCCCCCCAUCUCUCCCCUCGAUGUCACUGCACACCUAUUUCUCCCCCCACCACCUCUCUCUCUGCCAUCGCUGGACGAUGCAGAGGCCAUCAGAAACACGCUCAUCGACUGCUUUGAGGAGGCGUGCCUGCCGGGAAUAGAAGCAGACGAGCAACAGAGGUAA